AUGUUACUUGAAUUGUUGAAGGAGGCUCUUCCCGAGGGUGAAAUGUUGCCAAAGUCUUUCUAUGAAAUGAAGAAGAUUAUUGGGGAGUUAGGCCUCAAAUAUAACAAAAUUGAUGCAUGUCCUAAUGAUUGUAUGUUGUACUGGAAGGAGACUAUCAAUGAGCAAUCAUGUGCUAUAUGUGGUACUUCCAGAUGGAAAAUGGUUGAACAUCAGUCAGAUGAUGAGGGAUCUUCAUUUGCAAAGGAUCGAAAAAUUCCAACUAAGAUAUUGCGUCAUUUUCCCUUAAAACCAAGACUUCAAAGGUUGUUUAUGUCAUCAAAAACAGCUUCCUCUAUGAAAUGGCAUGAAGUAGGACGCACCGACGAUGGAAUAUUAAGGCAUCCUUCUGAUUCUCCAGCGUGGAAAACUUUUGACCACAACCACCCAAGCUUUUCUUCGGACGGUCGUAAUGUUAGACUUGGGUUAGCAGCUGAUGGUUUCAAUCCAUUCAGGACAAUGAGUAUUGCUCACAGCACAUGGCCUGUUAUUCUAAUACCAUAUAACUUACCACCAUGGAUGUGUAUGAAGCAACCUAAUCUCAUGUUGUCCUUACUUAUUCCUGGCCCUUAUGGACCCGGUAAUGACAUUGACGUAUAUAUGCAACCUUUGAUAGAUGAGUUGAAGGAAUUGUGGGAGGUUGGUGCAGACACUUAUGAUGCCUCAAGCAAUGAGACGUUUCGAUUACGUGCGGCAUUGUUGUGGACUAUCAAUGACUUCCCUGCAUAUGCAAACUUGUCUGGAUGGAGCACUAAAGGACGUCUCGCUUGUCCUUGUUGUAAUAAGGACACUUCGUCUAAAUGGUUAAUACAUGGUCGAAAGUUUUGUUAUAUGGGUCAUCGUCGAUUUUUAGAACAUGAUCAUAAGUUUAGAACUGAUAGCAGAUCCUUUGAUGGCACGGAAGAAUUUGGUGAGGCGCUAACUCCACUAUUUGGUUCUGAUGUGUUGGUCCAAUUGCAGGGAAUUAAUGUCACCUUUGGGAAGAAGACUGUAGGCAGUCAUGGGCAUAAGAGAAGACGAGAAGACAAUGAGGAAGAAAGAUAUAACUGGAAAAAGAAGAGCAUUUUCUUUGAUUUGCCGUAUUGGAAGCAUAAUCUAUUGCGUCAUAAUUUGGACGUGAUGCAUAUUGAAAAGAAUAUAUGUGACAAUGUGCUUGCGACGCUGUUGAAUAUUGCAGGAAAAACAAAGGAUAGUGUAAAGGCACGUCUUAACCUACAACAUAUGGCGGGUGAGGCAAAAAUAGCUAGACCGGUACAAUAUCGAUGGUAUCCCAUUGAGAGAUAUCUACUCACAUUAAAGUCGUAUGUGCGUAAUAGAAGUCGGCCCGAGGGAUCAAUUACGGAAGGGUACUUGGCAAAAGAAUGCUUAACAUUCUACUCGAGGUACCUGCAUGGUACAGAGACAUGGUUCAAUCGGCCAAUACGGAAUGAUGACUAUGGUAACACUGUUAGAGAAGAACAAUCCUCUAUUUUCCCACUAGUAGGUCGUGCAUUAGGGAAGUCUGAGGAUUGUGUACUGGAUAACGUUACAUUUGUACAGGCACAUCGAUAUGUCCUAGAACAUAUGAAUGUUGUUAAGCGGAUGAAUCGUCACGCACGGCCAAGGGACAUAGAACGCAUUCAUAAUGAUACAUUUUAUAAAUGGUUUAGUGAUCGUGUUGAACAGUUGCGCCAUGAAAGGAAUGAGCAGGUUUCAGAAGACCUUAGAUGGCUAGCUCGGGGUCCUAGUAUGGCAAGAAGAUAUAAAGGUUUUAUUGUAAACGGCUUCAGAUUUCACACCAAAGAUUGUGUGAAAAAAAGAAAAACUCAACAUAGUGGAGUUGUUGUGACUACAAAGACAUCAAGUUUCGCAAGUGCCAAUGAUAGAAAUCCCAUUGCAGGAGAUGUAACAUACUAUGGUGUAUUGACGGACAUCAUAGAACUGGAAUAUUGUGGUCAACAUUUGUCUGAUGAACCAUUUGUGUUUGCAUCUCAAGCUGAGCAGGUGUUUUACGUACAAGACCUCAUCGAGAAGGAUUGGCAUGUUGUAGUGAUGACGAAACCUAGAGACUUAUUUGAGAUGCAUGGGCAAGAGUCUGCAGAUGAUGUUGAUACAUUCUUAGGCAUGUCGCCCUGCGAUGAUCAAUGUUUGGAGGACCCGAGUGAUGACACUGUUAGCUGGGAAAGGACAGAUGUCGAUGGUACAACAAUUGUCUUAUAUUUACCACCCACCCAGCCGAUGGUAGAAGAACAAAUAGAUGAUACUGAGUUAUCUAAUCCCAUUGGAGACGACAUUUUGUACAAUAAUUGA